CUGUGUUUUGUUUUUAUCUCUAACUGUCUGUGUAUUUUUAAGUUAUUAGCAUUAGUAGCGGCAUAGCUUUACUAGCACCAUGCUUUUAUUUUGAAGACGACGCACACCACGUCAACCCGGAAGUACAACAGCGCUGGUGCCGUCAGAAAAGAGACGCAUGUGAUUUGGAAAUUCUGUGAAAAUCUUUGAAUUUACUGCUUUCAUGAGUGUUUUUAUCGCUGUCAAGCUAACCAGAGAUAUUCUGCUUCGAAGAAACCCACUUACCAUAUUUCAAGCUGGCGAAGGAACCUGAAGCUCACUGGUCAUAAUGUCUCAGGCAACUAAACGCAAACACGUCGUGAAGGAAGUCUUAGGGGACUUCGUUACGCCGACAGAAACCCAGCAGAUUGUGAAGAUUAUCAGCAGCCGUGGGAACAACCUCCAUGAAACCGUCACAGCCAAGGGUGAGACCUUCCUGGUCAGCAUGCCCACAAAGUUUCGCAAGAACAUCUGGAUUAAGAGAGGUGACUACGUGAUUGUGGAUCCCAUCGAGGAAGGAGAGAAGGUGAAAGCAGAGAUCAGCUUUAUUCUCUACAAAGAUCACAUCCAGUAUUUGCAAGGAGAGCAGCUCUGGCCAGAGGGCUUCAUGGAGGAGCUGUCGGAGCAGGACAGGACAAACAAACAGCCGGGAGAGGACACAGCACAGGAAGAGGACGUUAGCGACUCUGAAGAUGAUGAGAGCGACCUUUUUGUUAACACAAACCGCUGUAAUUAUCAGUACAGCGAGAGCGAGGAGGAAGAGGAGGAAAGUGAGGAGGAGGAAGAUGACAAAAAGGAGAGGACAGAAAAUGUUUCCUAGUGGCUGCGCUAAAGACACGGACAGUCUGAAGUGAGAGGCGUGGUAAUCUGGAGACAGCAUGCUCAGCUGUCUUAUUGAUAUCACUGACUGACCUGAUGAUUUAUUGUAGUGAUGGUCCCCAUGCAACACCUCCCUCUGCAUUGAAUACAUACAGUCUUGUUGUAUAUGUUUAAUACUCUGGGCUUAUGAACAAAAGUCUUCUGACAAUAAGAGUGAAGUGAUAUAGAAAUCAUACUGAAUAUAACUGUAAAUUGUACAGAGCCACCAAUCAAAGUUUCAGAGUUAAGUUAUUAAAGGGUUCACUCGUUCAUCCUUCUCCAUGGGAUAAAAUCAAUCACUUUAUAAGGACUUUUGAAAACACAAGAAAUGAAUAAAAACACGGUUUUCAUUGUUGACCGAAAACAUUUCUGUCAUUCCUGAUUCCAGGAGGGUCAGUGGCGUGCUGACAAUUUCCACACUUUUCUAGUUAUACAGGUUCUUGGAGGAAUCUUGUCGCAACAAGCUGGAUCCACGAUGACCCUGUACCUGGCCUCCUGUAGUCUUGAUUUGGUUUUUGAAUGAUUAGUGGCCACAAUGCUGUACUCGCUGGCCUUCAUGACGACUCUGUGCCUCAUCUUUUGCUGACAUUCCUUGCAUAGAUUUUGGUUUGUGUAAUAAAAGACAUUGUUCAUUAUGGAUUACCUUUUGAGCUGUGUUAGCACCACCCUGAA